AUUGGAACGUUGAGACUUGAGAGAGAUCGGCGCUUCUAUUUAAACUUUUCCUCUAGGCUCCUCAACUAGCCGUUACACUUUCCUCUCUCUCUCUCUCUCUCUCUCUCUCUGCAACUCUCAGAGAUCUCGCAUGGCGGUUUCCUUGGAUACCUCAUCUCCUGCAUGCAACAAGAAGCUCUCUAUGUUGAUGGUAUCUUCUCCUCUACUAAGCCCUUCUUCAGAGGAACGUUAUUGGAGUUCUCUACGCACACGGGUUGAUACCCUCCUGGAGAAUCGAAAGCCAAAUGGUCUGAUUUGUUGUAGUUGCCCUAACCUGAAUCUCGAUCCUCAAGCACCUGAUGCUAUUGGAGAGUCUGAACAUGGUAAACACUUGAACAACGACUGUUUACUUCUAAUCAGAGGAUUUGACUCGAUUGCCUCUUCUUUAUCUCAUCUUACAAGCACUUUAGACACCGCUCUGCAGGGAGCCAAAGACCUCUCCAAACCUUCUUUGACUGAAUUAAUGCACAGUGCUCAGGAGAAGGCAGGGGUUGGAGAAGAAGAAGAAGAAAAAGAAGAAGAAAAAGAAGAAGAAAAUGAAGGAAGGAAGAGAAAAAUGAAGAGGAAGUGCAACUCUCUUGAGUCAUCCGAUGACCAGGGAGAACAUGAGCAAAAGGGAAAUGAGCAAAACCCAAAAAGCAGCAAGCUAAAGAAAGCUAGAAAUCUUGCAGUUUCCAUGGCGAGCAAAGCAGCUUCAUUGGCAAUAGAGUUAAAGUCAAUAAGAUCAGAGUUAUGUUUUGUGCAAGAGAGAAAUUCCCUGCUUGAGGAAGAGAACUGUCGGCUACGUGAUGGAUUUGGGAAAGGAAUUAGACAUGAAGAAGAUGAUCUGGUGAGACUUCAAUUGGAGGCAUUGCUUGCUGAAAAAUCCAGGUUAGCCAAUGAGAAUGCAAACCUGAGGAGGGAGAACCAGUGCCUUCACCAGCUAGUGGAGUACCACCAACAGACUUCUCAAGAUCUCUCAGCCUCUUUCGAUAAAGUCAUACAUGGGAUGUGCUUGGAUUUUUCAUCUCCUCCACCACCAACUGCAGAGGAGGCAACUGACCAUACUGGUGGUUAUGGUGAUAAUAGACCUCAAACGCCUGGAACUGAUAUAUUUGGGUUCUCAACAUCUCUCGAUGAGUGCAACUCUGAAGAAGCACAGUAGACAUUGAAUCACCCUUUUUUCUGAUAUCAAUUUUGAUUAGGAAUUGAAUUUUAUUUGAGACAAGUCGUAAACUUGAAAUUCAUCGGUGGUUGAUGCUUUGAAGGUUACUAUUAAAAAAUGAGCCCUUUUGGUCACAUUUUUGCUGAAAUUUGAAAUUCAUUCAUAUUGAACACUGGGUUAGCUGUUGAAUGGA